AGGAACCUUCCUGCUCGCUGGGCUCCUACGGCCGCCCUGUGUGAAGCUUCUGCCCCCGGCAAAACUUUAGCGUCCACCUACACAAGCCACAGCAGACCUGCGUACGCGCUGCGCUCUUCGCCCUCCCGAAAAAAUUUAAAGGCUGGGGGAGGGGUGGUGACCGCGGUUGCCCCGAGGACUUACAUCUUCACUUUCCUAUUGAGCUCACGAGUCUUCAUUCACCCACACGAGCUCCUGGCUAAAGUGGGGCAGAUCUGCAUUAAACAGAAGCAGCAGCUAGAAACGGGGACUGAGGCAGAAAAGGGAAAGCUAAAAUCCUUUGCUGCCAAAAUCAUUCAGCUCCUGAAGGAAUGGACUGAAACUUUCCCCUAUGAUUUCCAAGAUGAAAAAUCCAUGAAAGAGUUGAAGGAGAUUGCUCACAGGAUCACACAAUGUGAUGAGGAAAAUGGAACAGUGAAAAAGAUCAUUAGCCAAAUGACACAGAAUCUCCGAAUGGCCCUCUCUUCACGGAGCCAGUACCAGGAAAUCAGAGAGAAAUUCCGGCAACCUGUUACUGACAAAGGCACCAUCCUUAAAACCAAGCCACAGUCAACUCAAAAGGACAUCCUGAGUGUGUGCUGUGACCCUCUGAUCUUGGCACAGCAGCUGACUUAUAUUGAACUGGAAAGGGUGAGCAACAUUUAUCCGGAGGAUCUGAUGCAGAUUGUUAGCCACAUGGACUCCCUGGAUAAUCACAAGUGUCGAGGCGAUGUGACCAAAACCUAUAAUUUGGAAGCCUAUGACAAUUGGUUCAAUUGUCUCAGCAUGCUGGUGGCUACAGAGAUUUGUCGGGUAGGUAUUCAUAGAAAACAAAAUAGUGAAAUGAUCCUGGCCUUAAGCACAAAAGACAGGCAGUGGUCUAAUAGAGUUCGAAACAUUAGCAGUGCAAUUAAAGAUAAUGCCAUUACUCAAGCAUUACAUUAUUUGUAUGCUU